GCAACUUGAAAGGACUGAUCGUAAACUUUCACCACGGGUAGGUAUUCACGAGGAUACUGGACCGUGGAAAACGAUGUACAACCGGUACAUUCCUCCUGCAAAGGAGAAACAAGCACCCACUCAUUCGCAAACAACUCCGGCGUCAUCCUCGAAGCCCCUCUCUACCGCGCAACCAUACGCUCGUUACAUCCCGGGACAGGCACCCGCGCCGCCCGCUCCAGCGCAGCCGCAAAAGAUUGUCUUCGACGAUGCCAACCUCCCACCAGUUGACCACAGCAAGAGCACACGGGAAAUAGAUGAGGAGCUCACGGGCAGCGCAACGCAAAAGAAGGCGAAAAAGUCAAAAUCGAAGCAGAGCGAGGAUGUCGCCGACGAUGGGGUCGACCAGGAGGCGAAGGAAUCCAGGUCGCGCAAGCGUAAGCGGGAGGAUGUAGACCAGACAGCGAUUCUCGAGGAUAAGGUGGUGGAAAAUGAAGACGCGACGCCAGCAUCGGGGCCGGAUGGUGACAAUGCCGCCGCUGCUCAUGCCAAUCCCGAGAACGACGUCAAGCAGGAGCGGAAACCAAAACGAGAGAAAAGAAAGAAAAAGAAACAAGAGGACUACCCUGAUGCCGAAAUGGCCGAUGCCGAUGAUGACGACAUGCACAGGAAGCACAGAUCGGUAUUCGAGAAGGUUCAGAGGUCGUUGAAGAUCAAGGAGAGGAUUGUUGAGGAUAGCACCAAGAAGGAGGAAGGGGAAGAAGAGGCGGAGCCAGCAGUGGAGCACGGCCUCGAGCCGCUUCCUCAACCAGAGCCGGUCACGUUCGACGAGUCAAAGCUGGCAUACGAGACCCUGCCGCCAUGGCUUGCUUCGCCGGUUCGCGUGGCCCCGGACGUGACGCGGCCGUUUGUGGAAUUAGGCAUCUCUCCGGAAUCGUCCAAAAUUCUCGAAUCCAAGGGAUUCAAGGAUGCGUUUGCGGUCCAAACCGCCGUUCUUCCCCUCUUGCUGCCUUCUCCCGAUCGACAAGGCGACGUAGUUGUCGCUGCGCCGACCGGUUCUGGGAAGACGCUGUCAUACGUGCUUCCCAUGGUCCACGACAUCAGCAAAGACCGCGCCACCAGGUUACGAGCACUCAUAGUGCUGCCGACGAGAGAUCUGGUUCAACAAGUACAGCUCGCCUGCGAAGCCUGCACGACUGCUUUUGCUAUCAGUGGAGGCAAGAAGGUCAAGGUCGGGACGGCCAUGGGAAACAGGGUGUUCAAGGAGGAACAAUCCAUAAUUGUGGGCGAAGAGCAGAGAUACGAUCCACAGGGUUACCAGCAGUAUUUGCAAAAGCAAAACCGACUUGUCAGCUUGGAGGACUCGGACGACGAAGACGAUGGGUUGGAUCUAGAGCGCACCGAGCCGCUACCAUACCAUGUCGUAGCCCACGAGUCCAAGGUCGACAUCCUCAUCUGCACCCCCGGCCGACUGGUAGAACACAUCACCAAGACGCCGGGAUUCUCGCUCGAUUACGUCCGCUGGUUGAUCGUCGAUGAGGCCGACAAACUGCUGGCCCAAGACUUCCAGCAAUGGCUGGAUACGGUUACAGAAAAGCUGAGCGUCGAGAAGCCGGGCGCCCGGGACUUCCCAAGUUCGAACAAGAGUGGCGUCCGGAAAGUCAUUCUCAGCGCAACAAUGACGCGGGACCUCAGCUUGCUCAACGGUCUCAAGCUGUCAAGACCGCGGCUGGUUGUCGUGGAGGGGACGAAGGCGGGCGAGCAGAACUUGCCACCCCUUCUGAGGGAGUCGGCGAUCAAGAUCCGGGAGCCUAGUCUCAAACCGCUGUACCUUGUCGAUUUGCUCCGCAGCAAGCACAUGGUUUCUGUCAACCAAGAAGACGCCGUUGACGAGGUUUCUGUGGGAUCCGAGACGAGCGACUCCGAAGCAUCUUCAGCCUCGUCUUCCUCGGCUUCUGACUCGGAAUCAGACUCAGAUUCAGACUCAGACUCAGACGCCUCCUCCUCCGCCUCAUCAUCAUCAUCAUCAUCAUCGACUUCAUCAUCUGACGACGAUGAAGCCGAAGAAGACGAUGACGACAAAUCCCGAUCCAGAAACAGGCCGUUCCCCACAGCCAAGAAAACGACCUUCCCCACGACGGUCCUGAUCUUUACCAAAUCCAACGAGGCCGCCCUCCGCCUCUCGCGCCUCCUAGUCCUCCUCGCACCCGACCUGGCGCCGCUGAUCGGCACGCUGACCUCGUCGACCAAGACGUCGCGCCGCACGCGCACGCUGCGGGCGUUUGCGCAGAACAAGCUCCGCAUCCUGGUGGCGUCGGACCUCGUGUCGCGCGGCAUCGACCUGGUCAACCUCGAGCACGUCAUCAACUACGACCUGCCCAUCAGCGAGACGUCGUACGUGCACCGCGUCGGGCGCACGGCGCGGGCGGGCCGCCGCGGCUGCGCCUGGACGCUGGUGGAGCACGCCGAGGCCCGCCGGUUCUGGAGGGACUUUGCGGGCGAGGGCAAGGGCGCCGUGACGACCAUCGGCCGGUCCGCGCCCAUCGAGAGGAUCCGGAUCGGGGACGGCGAGACCGAGUUCUCGGAGGAGAGGGUGCAGGAGUACGAGAGGGCGCUGGAGAGGCUGAGGGCAGAGGCCGUCGGCGGCGGCGGCGGCGAGGGGAGGAAGUGAGCCGAGACAGCCCCGGGCAUAAGGGACAUCAAGUGGAAUGGAAUAUUAAUUGAUAAUGAUCUUACCGAGUCAGGGGCACUAUCUAUCGUUGGUGAUGCAUAAUCGCCGACAACAGCCAAUUAACGCUGGACUUCACCCCGUGUCUCAUGCCUACUUGUUCAUGCUCCCCCCUCACAAGUGCUUCCCGUACGAGAGCG